AUGAAUCAUGAAAUCUACGAAGAACUGCUCUUCGCAAGAACUUUGAUAACCGACACUAAAGAUUUUGAAUCUAGGUUUGAGGAUAUUUUGACUAUGGUAAUACCACCGUGGAUAAUUAAUCCAUAUGGUGACAUAGAAGAAACUAAUGUCAUAAUACAAGAGGAACUGACUGAACUAAGUGCAAAUGAAGAACUUAAGGUUCAGUUUAAAAACGGAUAUCAGCAAUUCUGGCUGCAAAACAACAUACCCGUUACUUAUCCCGGAAAAGCGAGUUACAUUACAAACAAAUUUACAGAGAAUGAAAAAAGUCCUGCAUCAUCUUUACAGCACAGAGCAGAGAAUUUGUCUGCUCUCAAUAGACGUAGAAUGCGCAAGCGGCGAACUAUUCUGUACGCGAAGAUUAAAAGUUUGGAAAAUGAAGAUAAGGAACGCAGUCAAGCUUAG